AUGGAGAGGAGCAGGAGUCUGUGUUUCUUGGCUGUUCUGCUAGCAGCCCUAGGUGGGUGCCUCGGCUCAGGCCAAGACAGGCAGUGUGCCGGGGCUGUGGCGGUGCAGAAGCGCAUCGAUUGCCACCCCCAGCCGGGUGCUUCCCAGGAGGCCUGCGAGGCGCGGGCCUGCACCUGGUGCGCCACCGACGUGGCCAACGCUCCCUGGUGCUUCUUCCCUGAGGACAGUCCCUACGGCUACUCCUGGGGCGGGAACACCGAGAAGACAGCCAAAGGCUGGAGGGUAACGCUGAACAAGCGCCAGGCCUUGUCCCUCUUCGGAAAUGACAUUUCCCCAAUUGUCUUCGAAGUGGAGUUCCAGACAAGGGACAGACUCCGGUUCAGGCUCUACGACCCCAACAGGCAGCGGUUUGAAGUCCCACUCAAGAUCGACUCCCCGGGGGUUGCCGCUGAUGAGGCCAGCUACGACGUGGAGUUUGCAGAUGACUCCUCGCACUUCAGGAUCAAGAGGAAAAGCACCGGCACAGUGCUGUGGAGCAGUCCCCUGGUUCAUCUGUUUUUCUCCAACCAGUAUCUUCAGAUCACAACUACUGUGCCAUCCACUUCGUCAUUUGCUAACCUCUACGGAGUUCACCCUUUCUAUAUGUGUGUAGAAGCCGACUCCAACGCCCACGGUGUUCUCCUUCUGAACUCCAAUGCACAAGAUGUUUCUCUGAGUCCAAACCCAUCCCUAACUUUCCGCACUAUUGGAGGGAUCCUUGACUUCUAUGUCUUCCUCAGACCGACUCCUGAAAACGUAAUUCAGCAAUACAUAGAGGAUGUCCAACAUCUUGAUAUUGACUAUAUGGAACGUCGCCUGGACUUUACCUAUGAUAAAGUCAACUACGCAGGUCUGCCAGAGUACCUCCAACAGCUGAAGAAGGAAGGAAUGCACAGUGUUGUGAUUCUGGUGGAAGUGUGUCAGUCUGGAUACGUGCUGGGUGCCCCCAGGUCUCAGGGCAGUCAGCUGGAGUUGAGGAUGCUCAGCACCUCCUCUCCAAGAGCUGCUAAAAAGGACCCUUUCAUAACUAAGGACGAAGAACCGGGCACUUACAGGCCUUAUGAUCUCGGAAAGGAAAUGGGAGUCUGGGUCAACAACUCCGAUGGCAUAACUCCUGCUGUUGGAAAGGCCUGGCCCCCCGGAGACUCAGUGUUUCCUGACUACACCAACCCCAGGACAGUUGAGUGGUGGACCCAGAUGUGUCUGGAGUUUAAGGAUGUCCUUGACUACGAUGGGAUCUGGAUUGAUAUGAACGAACCGUCUAAUUUCUUAAGAGGCCAGUAUCCCGGAUGUGCUGGUAAUGAUAUCAAUAACCCUCCUUAUGUUCCCAGCAUUUCUGAUCGUUCCCUGACGCAAAAGACAUUGUGUCCCGACUCCAAGACUUACCUUGGAGAGCAUUAUAAUACACACUCUCUCUUCGGCUGGUCACAGACAGCACCAACUUUCCAUGUUGCCCAGCAGGCAACUGGAAAGCGAGCGUUUGUCUUGAGUCGGUCUACAUUCGUUGGCAGUGGGAAGCAUGGGGGUCACUGGCUGGGUGACAACUUCUCUCGGUGGAAGGACAUGCACCAGUCAAUCAUUGGAAUCCUGGAAUUCAACCUCUUUGGCAUCCCCUACAUAGGUGCUGAUAUCUGUGGGUUUAACUAUAACACUACCUAUGAACUCUGCUUGCGCUGGAUGCAGCUUGGCUCUUUCUAUCCAUUUUCCAGAAACCACAAUGCAGAGGGAAAUAGCGAACAAGACCCAGCGGUGUUUGGAGAAGAGUUUGCCAACAUAUCUCGUGCUACGCUUCAGAUCAGAUACUCACUGCUGCCAUACUUAUACACCUUGUUCUUCGAGUCUCACGUUCAUGGAAACACGGUGGUGCGGUCGCUGAUGCAUGAAUUUACCGCUGAUCAGCAGACUCAUGGAAUAGAUACUGCCUUCCUUUGGGGACCUGCUUUUAUGAUUGCUCCCGUUCUUAAAGAGGGAGCAAGAUCUGUGGAUGUAUACUUCCCUGAAGCACCAUGGUUUGACUACUAUACCGGUGAUAAACUGCCAAGUACCUGGAACAAGAACUAUGCUACUGUGGCUGCCCCGUUGAGCAAGGUCCCCCUGUUCAUCCGCGGAGGCUACAUCCUGCCAGAACAGGCACCAGCCACGACCACUACUAAGAGCCGUCUGAAUCCAUUUGGGCUCAUUAUUGCCCUGGAUGAACAAGGAGAAGCUUCUGGGUCUCUCUUCUGGGAUGAUGGUGAUUCAAUUGAUAGUAUUGAAAAGGAGAACUACUUCUUGGCUAAAUAUACAUACAGCAAAGGAAACCUGAAGACAGAAAUACUUAAAAAUGGCUACCAAGGGGCUGACACUCUGAAGUACAACAAAAUUACGAUCUUGGCCUGAAACUGAGA